CUCUGUGCUUCAUCUGGCCUUUCCUGCGGAUUCAGAUCAGAUUCUUUCCUAAGAUGGCGGAAGUUGCGCUGGCUGCAACCGUGCUAAAGCUCGCGGGUUCAGCCAGCCAGGUCAUAGCCGAGUUGUAUGUAUUUGGAACCGCUCUUGGAACCGCUGGCUUGGAAGUGCGCCUAAUGGCAGGCGACCUCGAGUGCAUGUCUCAAUCGCUCCAAUUUCUGGGGAAGAUUCUUGAGACAGAAGGCCAACACCAACCUGAAGCAAAAUCCAUAGCCGAGCGGCACGUCACCUUCUGCGAAAAAGUUCUGAAGUACAGCGAAGGUGUUAUCGAAAAACUUCGCCCGCUGGUGGAAGAACGUAAACAUUGGUGGAAUCUGAAUCUCGACAAACGACUGAAAUGGAUGUUCAAUAAACCAAAGUUUCUUCUUCAUCGUCAAUCGAUUGAAUCUCUCAAGUCAUCUUUGAACCUCCUGGUCACAAGUAUGAAUUACGUGGAGACGAGAAGAAGUGCCGGCCUCAGAGCCUCUUCUUCUGUGUUUGAGUCCCAAUUAGAGCGCGCGAUUGCUCAAGCGGAAGAGUCGGCGGCCAGUCCUUCCCAGCGCCUUCGCAUUGCCAUGUCUCAGCAUGAUUCCCGACCUUCUUCUCUGCUGUUGAUGGAGGGUGAGAGGAUUCAGAAUGCCAACAACGCAAUUAUGGGCCCUGAAGCGGACGAUGGGCAUAGGGCUGAACAGGGCCUGGAAAGUGACGACCGCAUGAACGCUUCGACGAAUCCGCAUCAGUCUACCAAUGUUACGAAUGCAGCUGACGGGGAAGAUGAAACCAUUGAUAACGAUAGGUCUAGUAUUGCCGAUACGUCUAGUAUUGCCGAUACGUCCAGUAUUGCCGAUACGUCCAGUAUUUCCGAUACUAUCGACUUGACGAAUAUACCGAGAUCGGGAUUUGCUACACCUCGGGCUGCAGAUAUUCGGGAGGAUGUAUCGGAUUAUAUGGACACUGAGGACAACUCGCAGGCGCUCGCGCUAAUAGUCGACAUCAGUUCUCUCGAGCGAGACACUGUAGCCAUUGCCAAACAGGUCGUGGCAGGAUCAUUACCAUCUUUGAACGCCAUCAAAAAGAACAACCGAAAAAUUGGCUGGUUAUGCUUCACAUUCGAAGAUUUUGUCUUUGCUCGAUCUCUGCUUGACGAGGAAACUUCGAACCCCAACACAGUGUUCAUACAUGGGAGGAUCGGCUCGAACGACAUCAUCAUCUUCUUUGACUUGCCGCGAAAUCACGGUCCUUCCGACCCGACUUUCGGCUACCUUGAAAAUUCCUCUGAGUCCAUCGCCUUAUUGUUGGUCGUUGGCAACGGGAUGGAGAUUUCGGACCCAAGGCUAAUAGACUAUCUGCCUUUUGGUAGCGUGGUUGUUGGAAGAGCAAUACAUUACCCCAACGGUGGGUGGUUCGACACGGAUGACGUACCCUGGCUCAAGCAUGCUCUUUUGAAGUUUAGGUCAGAACUACUUCUGAAGCCGAACAUGACGACAACAAAGACCCUGCUGUCUGAAUAUAAGAUCGAUUCCGGUAUUCUCGAUCUUUUCCACUCCCUAGAUCCAGAUAAAUAUCUCGAAUCCGGCAUCGUUUUCGACGGGGCAAUGUUCAUUGCCGACAGCAAUAUGCUAGAUAAACGCAUAGAGAAAUCCAGCCUGGAUCAUGUUGUGCAGGGUAUGCAAGAUGAAACUUGGGUCCUCACGAAAAUUGGCUUCUGCGAUUGCAGGAAUCUCCCUCGCUUGAUGGUCUGUGGAGUAGGAGACUCCCCAUCAGACAAUGAUGCUAAGAGGAACGCUGCAAUCCUCGUGAGAGCUUUUCUCCUUUCGUCCGAUAUCAGUAAGAUGUCAGAGGGAAGUCUCUUAAUGUAG